AUGUGCGGUAUUUUCGCUAUUAUCGGGAAUACGACGCGUUCGGAACAGGAGCUUGCUCAAUUGACCUGCAAAUGUACUGAGAAACUCCGACACCGAGGUCCCGACGAGUUCACCACAGAGGUCUACGGUGGCGGUUGGGCUGCCUUUGGCUUUGCGCGGCUGGCCAUAAACGAUCCAGCGCACGGACACCAACCGAUGCGCAAUGACCUCUCCACAGUUUUUGCGAUAACAAAUGGUGAAAUCUACAAUCACGAAGAAAUUCGACGUGACGCUUUGGGAAACCGCCCACUACACUCACACUCUGACUGUGAAGUCAUUAUCCCGCUGUACGAGAAGUUGCUGGGGGAGAACGCCGAACAAGCGACCUCGCGAACUGGUCCGGCGCUGGUUGAGCGGCUCUUGCUUCCUGCCAAGACCCUCUAUGAUAUGCUUCGUGGCGUCUUCGCCAGUGUCUUGGUGGACCUCGAACGUGGCGUUUACGUUGCGGCACGCGACCCGGUUGGGGUUCGCGGAAUGUUCGUAGGCGCCUCUGCAGAUGGCGCGGUAUGGAUUGCCUCCGAGGCAAAGGCUCUCGUUGAGCACUGCGAUCGUGUGGAAGCAUUCAAGCCGGGAACGCUGAUUGUUGGCGUUCGAGGUCAGGAGCGUGCCACCGCUUUCACGUUUGAGCCGUGGUAUGUGCCGCGCUUCCUCGCGGAUGACUCGUGGACGCCAACUGCGCCAGCGAAUCUGCAGCUACUCCAUGAUGCUUUUGUGGUGGCUGUUCGACGUCGCUUAAUGGCGGACGUUCCUGUUGGGGUCUUCAUCAGCGGCGGCCUGGAUUCGAGUCUCGUUGCUGCGGUUGCGAAGCGCUAUUUGGCUCCGGACUAUGUUUUCCACUCUUUUGCAUGCGGUCUGGCGGGCUCACCUGAUUUGGCGGCUGCUCGCCGGGUUGCAGAGUUCUUGAAGACAGAGCACCAUGAGCUCAUCUUCACGGUGGAAGAGGGAAUCGCCGCUCUGGAUCGGGUCAUAUAUCACUUGGAAACGUACGAUGUGACGACAGUGCGAGCAUCAACGCCGAUGUACCUGCUCUCCAAGCUCGUCAAGCAGUACGUGAAAGUGAUUCUGAGUGGUGAGGGUGCCGAUGAAGUGCUCGGUGGAUACCUGUACUUCCAUAACGCGCCCUCUGCGGCCGAAUUCCAACGCGAGACUGUGCGCAGACUGCGUCUGCUUUACACCGCCGACGUACUUCGAGGCGACCGCAGUACAGCGGCGCAUUGUCUAGAGCUUCGAGUUCCAUUCCUGGAUCGCGAUUAUCUCGAUGUGGCAAUGACAAUCGAUCCGCAAGAGAAAAUGUGCGUUCCAGGAAAGAGAAUGGAAAAAUGGAUCAUGAGAGCCGCCUUCGAUGAACAUCUUGGUCCGGCACGAACGCGCUACCUUCCGGACGAUAUUCUUUGGCGACAGAAGGAGCAAUUCAGUGAUGGUGUCGGUUACAAUUGGAUAGACGGCCUUAAGGCGUUCUGCGAGAGCCACGUUUCCGAUGACGAGCUCCACAAUGCAGCAGCGCGCUUCACAUACGAUCCACCGACAACAAAAGAAGCGUACUACUAUCGAAUGAUUUUCGAGAAACAUUACGGUUCGUAUCCAUCAGCGCAAAGCCUGCGCUCAUGCGUCCACAAAUGGAUUCCGCUUUGGUCGGAAUCGACGGAUCCAAGCGGCCGUGCUCAACGAGUACAUCUCGCGAACGCUCGCCAGGAAAACCACUUGAAAGCGCCACAGAAACAGGAGCGAGCGAACUGA